AUUCUUUACGCCCGCCAUAGCUUGUUUUCUAAGUUUGAGGUUAGCUUAGGUGACUGACGCCGCUUUUAUUUUACAAAACACUAGUAGAAAUAACAUAAUGAAAUUAGUUAGAUUUCUAAUGAAACUCAGUCAUGAGACCGUGACAAUAGAGUUGAAAAAUGGUAGCGUAGUGCACGGAACUAUAACGGGCGUCGAUGUAGCGAUGAACACACAUCUCAAAGCAGUUAAAGUUACUCUGAAAAACCGCGAAGAACUGCAGCUCGAGACGUUGAGCAUCCGCGGCAACAACAUCAGAUACUUCCUGUUACCAGACAGCUUGCCGUUGGAGACUUUGUUGAUUGACGACACACCGAAAGGAAGAGGCAAGAGAGAAGGAUUUCCGCGCGGCGGAAGCAGUCGCGGUGGCCGCGGCAGAGGUCGGGGCAGCCGCGGCGGGCCUCGAGGAGGCCGUGGAGGCAGAGGGCGCGGGCGACGAUAGAAUAUGUUUAGUGUAUAAGUCAUUUUGUGAUUACAGUUUGUAAGGUCUGG